GGCCCGGCCGCCUCUCAGCCCCUGGACAGGUCCGUCCGCGCAGCGACAUUUUUCGCUGGGCCGUCAUCGCGUCAGCGCCCGCCGCUGCUUCUCCUGCGCUGCUUCUGAUUGGCUGUGUGCGGCUGUGAGGCUUCCAGCGGCGCCCGGGAUUGGCCGGUUCCCAGUGGGCGGGUCCGCGGCAACCAAUGAGAAGGCCAGAUGUUUUCCUGGGCCCGGCUCUCGGAGUCCGUCUGUGACGCAACCUCGUCUCGAGCCGGGGAAUUCCCAGCUGGCCUCGCCUUCCCCACCUUUGCACACACUGACGUGGAAAAGGAAUUUGUCAAAUGUGAGCGAGUUGCUGUGAACCUUUGAACACCGGGGCCCAGCUGAGUCCGUCUUCUUUGCAUCGGGGUUUCAGUGAAUUGAUGGUUCCUGCUCUCGAGAAAGGCGCAGACUUCCUGGAAAGACCAAGCGUUAAAUUAAACAAAUAAGGAAGCGGAGGUCUGGGAAAGAAAUUUGUCGCAAGAUAGAGAGACACUCGGGCUAAAUAAGACCUCCCCUGACUCCUGAAGACCUGUGUAAGAAAUCGGGAAAUGAAGUUUGCAUGUGAGGUUGAGUGUGGGGUGGAGCUGGACCUGUUCAUGCAGCAGGGAAGAGGACAGCCCUGGUCUCUGCCCAGGUGGGCCAGUGGUGGCCUGAGGCUGGAGGAUUGGCUGCUUCAGUGGCAGAACCAGGGGAGGUGGCUGCACCGGGACAUCUGCUUCCCAGAGUUUGCCGGGACCAAGGAUGGGGCCGACUCCCCAAGAUCCAGACAUGGGCCAGCAGGAAGCCAGAGCCAGCAAGGUGUCACCUGGGUCCUGCCUAAGAGAACCAGCUGCAUGGGACCCAGGGUAUCCACUGCUCACGGUCCAGGAAGGAUCCUUGUCGUGCAGAGGUGCUGCCCAGGGCUGCCAGGGCAACGGUGGAGGAAGCCAGGGAGGGGCCAGAAGGGGACAGGUCUUCUGCCCCAGGGACUUCCGCUAGUAUCCCCUAGGUCCCUAUGACUCUGGAGACAGACUGUAGAUCUUCCCGGAAGAACACAGUCGGCUGAGAAGUCAUCUGAGCUGAAAUGACCAGUGAGCCAAGAGACCUCGAAGAGGAAGUGGAUGAACUUGUCCAUUUAUAUGGACUCGAAGAUGAUGAUGAAUUAGGGGACGAGUUUGUUAACGAAAACAUGCCCAGGAUAGAGGUUUCGGAAUAUCCUGCUUACAUGGUGGCGGGGAGAGAACCAGCCGUGGAGCAGAGAGACUGGAGACUUAGUGGAGAGGCAGCAGAGGCUGAAGACCUGAGCUUCGGAGGGUGGGGCUCUGAGAGCCAAUGCCAGGACCUGCGGGAGGCCUACAGGUACACACACGGCCGGGCCAGCGAGGAGUACGAGUGCUAUGUCAUCCCAGAGGAGGAGGACGAGGAAGAAGCUCCUGAUGUCUUCUGUGUCACUUGCAAAACUCCAAUAAGAGCGUUGGAGAAGGUUCUGGAUGAACACAAAGAGCACGAGGUGACCCCCCUCAGUAAAGCCCUGGAAAGCGCCAAGGAUGAAAUUCACAAAAACAUGUACAGGCUGGAAAAGCAGAUUAUUGAGAUGGAAAACUUUGCCAAUCACCUAGAGGAGGUUUUCAUCACGGUGGAGGAGAAUUUUGGAAGACAAGAACAGAACUUUGAGUCCCACUACAACGAGAUCUUGGAAACACUUGCUCAGAAAUACGAAGAGAAAAUACAAGCUCUAGUGGAGAAAAAGAAGGAGAAGCUGGAGGCCUUGUAUGGACAACUGGUCAGCUGUGGAGAAAACCUGGACACCUGUAAGGAGCUCAUGGAAACGGUAGAGGAGAUCUGCCAUGAGGAGAAGGUGGACUUCAUAAAGGUCAGUCGGAAGCGAGAGGAAAUAAUGCGCGGGGUUGUCACCCGCCAGUGGCCAGGAUGCCUCUCCCGUCUUACUAGCAUGUCUUUUAAUACCAACAGACUCAGGAAAUUCCUGGAAACAAAAACCGACGUGGAAAUCUCCGCACAGCCUGCCUUGGAGGACCAGACCUUGGACUUCUCUGACGUGGAGCAGCUGCUGGGCUCCAUCAACACCAUCCCAGCUCCUUCUGCCCCGGUGAUAAACCCGCAGGCCCCCAACUCAGCCACGGGUUCGUCCGUCCGCGUCUGCUGGAGCUUGUACUCUGAUGACACCGUGGAGAGCUACCAGCUGUCCUACCGGCCAGUGCGGGACGGCUCGCCUGGGACGGACCACGCAGAGUCUACAGUGACCGUCAAGGAGACAUACUGCUCAGUGGCAAACCUUGUGCCAAAUACUCAGUAUGAGUUUCGGGUCACAGCUCAGAACAGGGCUGGUCUCAGCCCCGCCAGCGAGUGUGCAGUGUACAUGACAGCACCUUCUCCCCCCGUUAUAAAGAGCAAAGAGGUGAGGAGCUGUGAGGAGGCUGCGCUGAUUUGCUGGGAGUCUGGGAACCUGAAUCCUGUGGACUCGUACACGGUGGAGCUGAUCCAGGCGGAGACGCCGGGAGCCUCGGGCGUGACUGAGUCUGUUGUGGGCAUCCCCACCUGCGAGUCCCUGGUGCAGCUGCAGCCCCGGCAGAGCUACAGGAUCUACGUGCGUGCCCUCAACGUGGGGGGCCCCAGCGCAAGAAGCGAGCCCGCCACAGUGCACACCCCAGGCAGCUACUUCCGCCUCAACGAGCAGACCUGCCAUCCCUGGCUGACCAUUUCUGAAGACGGGCUGACAGCUGUCCGGAGCGAGAGGAAGACCCCCACAAGGGAGCCGCCCCCCAGCAGCACCCGCUUUACGAGGUGCGUCGCGGUCAUGGGAAACCUGAUUCCGGUCCGAGGGCGCCACUACUGGGAGGUGGAGGUGGACGAGCGGUCGGACUACACAGUGGGUGUGGCCUUUGAAGACGUCCCUAAGCAGGAAGACCUGGGUGCUAACUGCCUGUCCUGGUGCAUGAGGCACACGUGGGCGUCACCAAGACAUAAGUAUGAAUUUCUGCACAACAAGAUGACUCCAGAUAUAAGAAUCACAGUUUCCCCAAAGAAGAUUGGCAUUCUGUUAGACUAUGAAAACUCAAAAUUAUCAUUUUUCAACGUGGACAUUUCUCAGCAUCUAUACACAUUUAGUUGUCAGCUUCACCAGUUUGUGCAUCCCUGUUUUUCUUUGGAAAAGCCUGGGUGUCUGAAGAUACACAACGGCAUUUCAGUGCCAAAGCACGUCACUUUCUACUAGACCAUGCUGGUGCCCUGCUCGCUGUCUUCUGUACCCACCCUCCCUCAGCCACUCCCGCCUCAGCAGUCAAGCACCAUGCACCCAGCAGCACAGCUUGGACUCGUGUUGUUACCUGGCAGCCUGGUGUACUGGCACGCGCUUCCCUGACCUGGGUUUUGUCCUUUGACCUGUGUGAUGCUAUUAGUCAUGACCAGGCCUGGCUGUAAAGUGAGGGCUCAGACUAAAUAAACUCAGCAGUUCUUGAGUUUGUCAA